AUGUAUAUGUUCUUUAUAAAACACUAUAUUUGUAUAAAUGGUACUGUUUGUAAUUUUUUUUCUAUGAGAUUUCUGUGCAUGCAUCCAGAGUUAAGCACACCAGGUUUUGUUCUGAGCUGCAGCGAUUCGGACCAAGGCAGGGAGAGCUCAGGGCCGGGGAAGAGGAUGCCCCGGCUCGCCCAGGGGGCCCCCCCUAGCUGGCACCCGUGGCCCUUGGGGGCAGAGGAGGCCCGCGCCCGUCAGCCGGGCCCUGGCCGGAAGGCCACGCGACUGCCCGCCUGCUCGCCCCCCCCACCUCUGCCGACGGCUCCGCCAGGGCCGGAAUCACCUCAGGGCCUAUGCAGCACGUGGGGUCGGUAUGUGGCGCCCCGUGGCCGCUCGGCCGGCCUGUCCUGCAUGACGGCGGGGGCAGAGCAUGCGGCCCUUGCCCGAAGGUGCGGACUCUGCCCUGCGGCCGUGAGGGGGCCUCCCAGGCAGCAUGCAGGCCAGGCUGGGCAUCGCGUGCCGGGGGCUCGGACCCCUGGCCCGGGGUGGCCUGGCGCAGCCUCGGGUCGCCACCGUCCGGCCAGCUGCCGAACUAUGCAAACCCCGGACCCAGGCUCAGGCCCCGGCCGUGGCCGUCUUCCUUCCCCGUGCCACGCGCCCUCCGCAGCGCAGGGGGAUGCCCGGGGCAGCCCCGAGGCCGGGCGCCCGGACCCCUCCGCUGACGCACAGCACCCGAGGCUUGCGGCCGGCCGCACCACGAUUGUCUUAACGGCGGGGUGCUGCCUGCUCUCCCGCGCCUUCCCACGGAUCUGGGCCGAGGCAGCCAGGCCCGGCGGCAGGGGCUCCUGUUCAGAAGCUGCUUCGCCCCCUGCCGCCCGGGCCCUCAGGAAGCCCCCGCAAGCAGCGGCUCUUGCCUCCCCCAGGGGGCUCCCCGUCUUCCCCAGGACAGCCCUCGGGGCAGCUGCACAGCCCGGCCCGGUGGGCGGGCGCGACCCACGGCCAGUUCACCCCCGGCUUUCCCCCGCACCGCCACCGGUCACCCUUUCCAACACGGUUUCUUAAUUUUGUACCAGGUUCCGACACUACAAUUUGUACGGAUUGUUCCUCCUCCCCCCGCUUUUUUACAAAAAUCCCUUUAAGUACCUUUUCUGUGAGGUGGGAGCACAACCCCCAUGUUACUGGAUCCUGAGGGGGGGCAGCUGGGUCUCCGUUUUUGUCAGUUGUGUUGUGUGAAUUGUUUCUUGUUUUUAAUUUUCUAAGAAUCUUUACAGAUCAAAUCUGUCUUAUUUAAUUUUUGUCUUAAAAUUGCUGAUAGGAAAGAACCGGCUUUUGUAAAAUAAAUUAUCCAGCAUAAUUCUCUGGAAUCCACAACCAUUUCUGCACGUCUCUGGGUGGAAGGAAGGGCAGGGGAGCGAAAUAAAUGGUUUCCUAGAAAAA